AUGUCUUACAACAACGAUCGCAGCGAGUACGGUCAGCAGUCUGGCCGGUCCCAGGAGGGAUACUCCGGGGGCGGCGGAAGCGGCUAUGGAGAUGACAACAGAUCAGGCGGCUAUGGUGGCAGCUCGGGACGCGACAAUGAUAAUGACCGCACUUCCGGUGGCUAUGGAGGCAGCUCAGGACGUCGCAACUCCAACGAUCGCACCUCAGGUGGUUAUGGAGGGCGCGACAAUGACAAUGACCGUCCAUCUGGCGGUUACGGAAGCUCAGGACGUGACAACGACAACGACCGCCCGUCAGGUAGUUACGGAGGUAGCUCAGGCCGCAAUGAUGAUAAUGACCGCCCAUCAGGAGGCUACGGCGGCAGCUCAAGACGUGACGAUGACAAUGACCGUCCAUCAGGCGGUUAUGGUGGUAGCUCAGGAGGCAACUAUGGAGGCAGCUCCAGGCGCGAUGAUGACAAUGACCGCCCAUCAGGAGGCUACGGGAGCGGCUCGAGACGUGACGAUGACAACGACCGUCCGUCAGGUGGCUACGGAGGCAGCUCAGGAGGCGGUUAUGGAGGUAAAUCUGGACGCGAUGACGACAACGAUCGCCCGUCUGGAGGCUACGGAAGCGGCUCAAGGCGCGACGAUGACAACGACCGUCCGUCAGGUGGCUACGGAGGUAGCUCAGGAGGUAACCAUGGAAGCGGCUCAAGACGUGACGACGAUAACGACCGCCCAUCAGGAGGUUAUGGAGGCAGCUCAGGAGGAUAUGGCGGAUCAGGUAACCAGGGAGGCCAGCACUCUACUGGCACGUCCUACGGCGGAGGUGGUGGUCAUGGUGGAUCCUCCGACGACUUCUCUGGCGCAGCUCAGCAUGCUGCAUCUGAAUAUGGUAGCGGCGGCGACUCCAGCCUGUUUACCAGUGCUCUUGGUAUGCUAGCUGGCAACAAGAACAGUUACCAGAAUGAGAGUGUGGACGAAGAUGAUGCGGUCAAACAGCACGAGAAGUUCUAUGGCAACGGUGGGAGCGGAGGUGGGCAAGCCAGCUCGAACAAUGUUGGCGCUGCUGCCGCUAUGCAGGCAUUGAAGAUGUUUAACAACAGCAGCAAUGAGGAUGCCAAGGGUGGACAGAACAAGUUCAUCGGUAUGGCCAUGGGCCAGGCCGCCCAGCUGUUUGAUAAGCAGCAGAGCCAGGGCAACACGGACCCUAGCGCUACCAAGCAGGACGCCAUCGUCCAGGCAGGAAAGAUGGCACUCCAGUUCUACAUGAAGUCACAGAUGGGUGGCGGAAGUGGCGGAAGUGGCGGCGGCUCUGGCAGCGCUCUUGGUGGUGUGUUGAACAUGGCCAGUAAGUUCAUGUCAAAGUAA